AGCUGACAGCUUCUGGCCUCCGCGGCUCUCUCAGCGGGCGCGCCCGAUCUUCUGCGCCCCGCCUGCCCCAGGAGCAAAGAUGAUGAUUCCGUCAGGAGAGUGCACGUAUGCCGGUAGGAAGAGGAGGAAACCCAUUCAGAAGCGGAGGCUUACCAUGGGAACUGAGAAAUCAAAUCCUUCCAAACGGCACCGGGACCGCCUCAAUACAGAGCUGGACCACCUGGCCAGCCUGCUGCCAUUUUCACCCGACAUCAUCUCCAAGCUGGACAAACUUUCAGUCCUUCGCCUCAGCGUGAGUUACCUCAGGGUGAAGAGCUUCUUCCAAGCCUUGCAGGAGACAUGUGUAUGGUCAGCUCCAGCUCUGUCACCUGAAGAUCACUCAUCCAGAGGCUUCCCUGUGCAGGAAGGGCGGCUGCUGCUGGAGUCUCUCAAUGGCUUUGCUCUGGUGGUGAGUGCGGAAGGGAUGAUCUUCUACGCGUCGGCAACAAUUGUGGACUACCUGGGCUUCCACCAGACAGAUGUAAUGCAUCAAAAUAUUUAUGACUAUAUCCAUGUGGAUGACCGGCAGGACUUCUGCAGACAGCUACACUGGGCCAUGGACCCUCCUCAGGUGGUGUUCGGGCAGUCCCCACAUGCUGACACAGACAAUACCGUCCUAGGGAAGUUGCUCAGGGCCCAAGAAGGGGGCAAGGGCUUGCCCUCAGAGUACUCGGCCUUCUUGACACGCUGCUUCAUUUGUCGUGUCCGCUGCCUGCUGGACAGCACCUCUGGCUUCCUGACUAUGCAGUUCCAAGGAAAACUAAAAUUCCUGUUUGGACAGAAGAAGAAGACACCAUCAGGAACAGCCUUGCCUCCUCGGCUCUCCUUGUUUUGCAUUGUGGCGCCAGUGCUGCCUUCUGUGACUGAGAUGAAAAUGAAAAGUGCAUUCUUGAAGGCAAAGCACAGGGCAGACAUUGUGGUCACGAUGGACUCAAGGGCAAAAGCUGUUACAAGUCUGUGUGAAUCAGAACUGCAUCCCAAACUCAAUUACUUAGCAGGAAGGAGCAAUGGAGAAAAUGUCAUUUCACUGUUCAGGGGACAAACAGAUAGGAGCCAUUGGACCCGGGCUCUAGCCAGGUCUUCAUGUCUGUGCCUCAGGGGUGGUCCUGACCUGCUGGACCCCAAGGGGACUUCAGGGGACAGAGAAGAGGACGAUCAGAAGCACAUACUAAGGAGAUCCCCUGGUGCCCGGGGGCAGAGGGAGAUGCACAAGUACAGCUAUGGCUUGGAGACACCAGUACACUUGAGGCACCUGGACUGGAGCACAGAGCAGCGAAGUCAGGAGGGCACUACCAAGCUAACUCGGCAGCCCAGUAAGAGUGAGCCAUCCACAUGCCUGGUGCCCCAUGGUUCCUGUGUGCCCUACCCUGGAAGUCAAGGCAUGUUCAGUGCCAGCAACAUGGCUUCUUUCAGGGAGUCCCUAGACCAUCCCACUGGUACCUACUGCAGUCAGAUGAACAGACCCUUGCCAGAUAUCCACCAGGGCCAGGUGGAUCCUUCCACCUGUCAUAUCCCCCAGGGAAGUCUGGGCUCUAGGAUCCCUCUGUCUGGAAUGCAGUGCUUCACCGCCAGGGGAUUUUCUACAGAGGAUGCAAAAUUGCCCAGCUUGCCAGUGAACAUAGGCACCCCGUGCAAUCCAGUAUUGUCACUGGAAGUGCCAAUCAAGAUGGAGAACGAAUCUGGGUCCCAGGAUAUAGUUGAAGCCAGCACAACUAGCUGUGUGUGGCUGGGAACCGGCGACAUGACCAGAAGACAUCUGGUUGGUUUCCCUGCCAGGAUGCAUCUGAAAACAGAGCCUGACUAUAGGCAGCAGGUCUGUACCCCACACCGUGGGCAUGGUAUACUGGGGACUAAUCCCCACAGCAGAGACACUGUGGGGUCCUGUAGGGAGCAUGCUCCUCUUUACUCUGCACACUGCACCUGCCUGAGUCCAGAGCCUCCUCAUCACCUCUUCAUGUGUAGCCACAGUGAAAGUCAGCAUCCCUCCUUGGACCAAGACUGCAGAGCUCCUAUUGUUAAGCGUGAGCCUCUGGACUCACCAUCAUGGGCUGCUCCUGGUCAUGUGACUGUGCCCAGGAUGUUCCCUAAGAAUGCCUCUAUAACUGUGAUCCCAUCCAAAGGAUCUGAUGGGAUUUUCCUACCCUAGAGUUGCUGCUCUGCUGGAAAUUCAGUCCUUGGAUAAUGGAACAUGGUCAGAUAUUCUUAUAGUGAUACUCUUUACAGAACUCAGUGAGUGAGGCUGAGAUUUCCUGUGUGUAGCCUAGCAACAGAGCAUUCUGAAUCACAUAGGACUUCAGAGAAUUCUCGUGCAUAAACCUCAAUCUGCUCAAGUGGACAGCAUUUCACUUUGAGAAGCUAAAAUGUUUAAGGAAGUAGCUAACAGUAUUCUAUGCUGGGCAGAGCUCGACUGAUGGUCAAAGUGAUGUGUUCCUGGUGUCCAAGCUUGCUAUACCUCCUGCCUGUGUGCAGCAGGAAUUCUGAGGCUAUUAGUCAGAAACUGAGGCCAUACUUUGUACGAUGAUAGUCAGGGAAAUAUCCUAUACCAUGGAGAUUUUUGUGGGUCACUGAGCAUGGUUUAUGUACCUGCAUCCCUGAGUACAUCAUAUAGAGAGGUUACAGUAUCUAGGCCAGGAACCAGAGGAGCACAGCACACAGAAAAGAGUGAAGCCAUACUGAUGAAGAGACAUUGCCCAGGCAACCGUUCCUAGCCCAGGGAGACUUAGGGAUGAAAAGGCAGCCAGUGUUUGUUGGAAUUGUAAAGACAAUGCACUCUGAUUGUAGGAAAUGUGGGUAUCAUGUAUAAACAGAAAGGAAGAGUCAUCAGGAACCACGGCAAAAUGACUGUGGCUGGGGGUGCAGUAGAGAAUGCUCCAAGGGAGGGCUUAGACCAGAAAUCCUGUGCCAUCAGCACAGGAUCAACUGAACAGGAAAAGGCUCUGCUUGUCUGUUUGGUUCAAAGUCUUCCUCAGGGAAUUAUGACAUCCAUCUCUGAUGCUACUUCCUCUGAGGUCUUAGGAAUAGCAGGAGCUUGCUGGAAAGGCCUAUGGCUAAUUCUACUAGGUAGUCUCUUCAGCAUAGAUUUUCUUUCCCUUAGCCAUGACUCCAGGAUACCAUUGCUCGGCCACUGGCUUAGUGAAAGAAGAUGUCUGGAGAUGCCUAUCACCUUAUUGGAAUCAGGUUGGGUGGGCCGGACUAGGUCUUCUGCCCAGUUUUUGAGCUGUCUGGCUUUCAAGAAGACUCACCAUGGGACAAAAAUACAACUGAAGAUCUGCUAGAACUGAGAAUACUCACUGUGAGAGCCCAGGGCCUUGUGCUCUCUCUGUCCCUUGGCCCACAGAGGACUUUCAAAGGGCAAGAUAGGGGCUGUGCUGUCACAGAUGUAAGGCAUGCACAUACCUCCAGUCCAGCUUCCCCGUUACCUAAAGCCUGAAGCCAGCAUGGUGUCCCAGCUCUUCCUCCUAUGCCCAGCCACCUGUAUCCCUCCUCUCCUCAAACUGCCCCAGUCCCAGCUUAUACAUUUCUGCUAAGCAUAGCAUACCCUAUGGGUAUUAAUGACUAACAACAGGUAGAAUUCGCAUUUUCCUCAACACUUCCUGUUCUAAGGACAUGCUCAACCACUCAAGUGUCUGCCAUUGUAUUUCUCUGUGAAAGUACUUAGCUAUGUUCCCAUGCUAAGCAACACUCAUUGUCCUAUACACUUCCCCUACAAGGAGCAGAGAACACAGCAGACUGUUACAUUGCAAUGUAUACAACAUUUACAGAGUGUCCUGGAGCCAGUGAAAGAAAGCUAGGGAAAGGGUCCUUGAAGGUGGAAUUCAGAGACAUAAUUAGACAUGGUGGCAUGCAUUUCAGCACUUAAGAGACUGAAGCAGACGAUGAACCAUUCAAGCCUAUAUCAGACCUUGUCUCAAACAAAAUAAAACAAAGUGCAUUACUACACAUUUAUCAAUUUUAGCCAGAUCUCCAUCCUCUUUGUAUGUAAUCAAAGAAGGGCUAUGCCCCUAGUGAAGCCCAUAUGUUGUCUGCUCAGGUACUCUGAACGUUUCAGAUGGACCUCAUCUGCACUCCUGCGGGGAUGACUGACCAUAUGUGGCAGCUCAACUGGGACCUGGGUUUCCCUGCAGGUCAGGCUUUGUGGACCUGAGUUCUGCACUUGGAUGUCAUUUCAGCAGAUCUUGUAUUUGAGGGGGCACCACAUCACACGGCGAGCUUGGGUACCUGGUGCCAGUUCUGUCUAAGGACGCUCAAACCUCCCAGACCUGCACUUUGGCUCAUUCAUCACGAGCCUCCAGUCAGCUUGCACAGGAAGGAACCGAGGUCGUCCCUACUCUAGCAUCUCACCAUAUGCACUGACUCCAGGCUCACGCUUUUUGUGAUAGCUAGCUUUUACCUAUAUGGCUAAAAAUUAUCCAAGAUUAAAUACAAUGAGAGAUGGGCUGGGGAGGAAUAAAUACAUAGUGCCCUAUAGUUUCAGUUCCUGCUGGGGAAAGUCCUCAAGAUCUGGACCCAGUGAACUUUAAGCAUACACUGCAGCCCAGCUGUCCGUGCUCUCUUCCUGGUGCUCUGUUUGAACAGAGAAUACAACUGCAUUUCUCAUGCGGUGGUUUGUACUGCAUUGGCAAAACCUGUGUAAAAUAAACCUCAUGUUUCCAUGC